GGGCGCCAUGGGCCGCCUGCACUGCACGCAGGACCCGGUGCCCGAGGCCGUGGGCGGCGACAUGCAGCAGCUGAGCCAGCUGGGCGCACAGGUGGGACCCGCCGAACUGGACGGGGCGGGGCCGGGGUCCCCGCGCUUAGGGGUGUCCGCGACGGCAGAUCCAGAGCGUGCCUUGAAGAAGAACCUCACAGCAGAGCAGGUCCAGGCAGAUCUCAUAACUCUGGGUCUUAGUGAGGAGAGAGCCACUUACUUUUCUGAAAAGUGGAAGCAGAAUGCGCCCAUCCUGGCACGACGGGCCAUUGGUCAGACCCUGAUGAUUAACCAGCUUAUCGAUAUGGAGUGGAGGUUUGGAGUGACAUCAGGGAGUAGUGAAUUGGAGAAAGUGGGAAGUAUUUUUUUACAACUAAAAUUGGUGGUCAAGAAAGGGAACCAAACUGAAAACGUGUAUAUAGAAUUAACCUUGCCUCAGUUCUACAGCUUCCUGCAUGAGAUGGAGCGCGUCAGAGCCAGCAUGGAGUGCUUCAGCUGACCCCCAGCCAGGCAGGUCCCUGGCGACUGCUCUGAAAGGUGCCUCCCUCAGGCUUGUGGCCACCAUGUGGGGAGCCCAGGUGCAAAGAGUUCCGGAAAACAACAGGAUUAAGUAGUAGCCCAGCACAGUCCCCAGUAAACUCAGGUUCAGGAACCAACUCCCGCUGUCUCUCAAGACAGGCUGUUGCCCUUCCUGACCCUGCUUCAAGUAAAGAAAUGGAGCCAUGGUCCAGAUCACAACAUA